AUGAUGUUCAAGCUCGUCCUUGUUUCCCUCCUCGCAUCCUCGGCGCUUGCUGCACCCUACCGCCCGUAUAAGGGUAUAUUCGGUCGCGCUGCCCCGGGAACAUUCGAUAAUCCUUCGGUAGAGGCUGGCGCUGCCAGCACUACUGCCGCUGAAGGCGCUGCGACAACCAGCGCUGUGGUUGCGACCUCGGUCGUGAACUCCGUCUCCACCGGCGCGACCUCACUAGCUUUCAACGCCUCCGCGACCUCCGUCGCCAGUUUCGUACCAGCUUCGGCUGCCACCAGCGCCAUAGCUUUCACCACUCAAGCCAUCAACGGCUCCGCCGCGACCGCGACCUCCAUUGCCGCUGCAUCUGCAGCGACCUCCGCUAUUGGCGCCGCCAAUGCGACUUCAACACCCAUCGCAAGCGGGACCGCCGCCGUCCCCGCCGCCACUUCGCCCGCCGGCGCAGCCGCUAUUGGUUCUAUCACGGCCGGCACGAGCUCAUCUGCCGUCACGGGCGCCGACGGUACCGUCACGAUGAACGUCGUCCAAACCGUCUUCAUCGUUAUGACUCCCACUGCCGAUGUCGGUGCGACCGCCGCCCCCACUGCGUCGGCUGAGAGUACCGCCGCCGCCGCGUCUGCGCCUGGCCUUGCGACUAGCGCCGUUGCCGCAACAAGCGCAGCCGUGACGAGCGCCGCCACGACUGCUACCGGCGCCGCCUCUGCGGCCACCUCGGCAGUAUCAGGCGCAGCUGCGGCGACGACGAGCGCGCCCGUCGUUGCUGCCGCUCAGACGACCGCUCCGGCCGCGUCUUCCGCGACGGGAGGUGUCAUCCACCUCAGCGUCGCGAAUCCUGCACUCGCGUCUGCUUCUGCUUGA